AUGCCUGCUGUUGAUGUUGCUUCCGUCCCUGCCGUCUCCGGUAAGGAGACCGCUCAGACCGUCGCCGUUCUCGAGGACCUCCUCAAGAACCUGAGCAUCUCUACUACCCAGGACCAGGUGAACGAGGCCUCCAGCAACUUGGCCACCCUCCUCAGUGGCCCCAUCCCCGAGCAGACUCUGCCCCUCAAGGCCGUCGAGUCGCUCCAGAAGUCCCUGGGCAACAAGAAGGAUGCCAACGCCCGUGAGCGUGCUCUGGACGCUAUCCGCGCCAUCGCCUCCCACUCCACCAUCGACCCGGCCGUCGAGCCUCACCUGGUCACUCUCCUGCCCUCCGUCCUGGCCGCCGCCGGUGACAAGGUCCCCGCCGUCAAGGAUGCCGCCAUCUCCGCCGCCAGUGCCAUCGUCAAGGGUAUCAACGGCAACGCCGUCAAGGCCGUCCUCCCCCCUAUCCUGGAGUCCAUCAGCUCCGCCCAGAAGUGGACCGAGAAGCAGUGUGCUCUCGACUGCAUCAACUCUCUCGUCGAGUCCGCCCCCGCUCAGCUGUCCUUCCGUGUCCCCGAGCUGAUCCCCGUCGUCUCCGAGGCCAUGUGGGACACCAAGGCCGAGAUCAAGAAGUACGCCUACUCCACCAUGGAGAAGGUCUGCGGCCUGAUCGUCAACAAGGAUAUUGAGCGCUUCAUUCCCGAGCUCAUCAAGUGUAUCGCCAAGCCCCAGAACGUCCCCGAGACCGUUCACUUGCUCGGUGCCACCACUUUCGUGUCCGAUGUCACUGGCCCCACCCUGGCCAUCAUGGUCCCCCUGCUGGAUCGUGGUCUUACCGAGCGUGAGACCGCCAUCAAGCGUAAGACCGCCGUCAUCGUCGACAACAUGUGUAAGCUCGUGGAGGACCCUCAGCUCGUCGCUCCCUUCCUGCCCAAGUUGAUGCCCGGCCUCAACAAGAACUUCGACACCCUCGCCGACCCCGAGGCCCGUGGCAAGACCCGCCAGGCCCUCGACACCCUCAGCCGUGUCGGUGACGUCAAGGACGGUAAGAUCCCCGAGAUCUCCACCGCCGGUGACAUCUCCACCGUCUCCGCCAUCCUCAAGGAGAUCCUGGCCCCCAAGUUCAAGGCCCAGGCCGACAAGGCCGAGGCCGUCAUCAACUACGUCGGUGCCAUCGCCGGUCAGCUCGUCGACGAGAAGGACAGCGAGAUCACCAGCUGGACCCAGAACGCCCAGCCCUACAUCAGCGCCAUCGUCGGUGAGGGUGAGGCCAAGGCCAUCGCCGAGACCCUCCGCAAGCGUGCCUCCCCCGAGGCCGCCGCCGCGGACGCGGUCCCCUCCGACGAGGAGGAGGGUGAGGACCUGUGCAACUGCACCUUCUCCCUGGCCUACGGUGCCAAGAUCCUGCUGAACCAGACCCACCUGCGUCUGAAGCGUGGCCAGCGCUACGGUCUGCUCGGCCCCAACGGUACCGGUAAGACCACCCUCAUGCGCGCCAUCAACAACGAGCAGCUCGAGGGCUUCCCCAAGAAGGACGAGGUCAAGACCGUCUACGUCGAGCACGACCUCGACGCCGCCGACACGGAGCAGACCGUCCUCGGCUGGACCCUGAAGAAGCUGCGUGAGGUCGGCAUCGACCCCAACGAGAAGGAGGUGUCCGACAAGCUCGAGGAGUUCGGUUUCCUCCGCGAGCAGCUCGAGGGCCCCAUCACCGCCCUCUCCGGUGGCUGGAAGAUGAAGCUCGCCCUGGCCCGUGCCGUGUUCGAGAAGCCCGAUAUCCUGCUGCUGGACGAGCCCACCAACCACUUGGACGUCAAGAACGUCGCCUGGCUGGAGAACUACCUGUGCACCUCCCCCUGCACCUCCAUCAUCGUCUCCCACGACAGCAAGUUCCUCGACAACGUCAUCCAGCACGUCGUCCACUACGAGCGCUUCAAGCUGAAGCGUUACCGUGGCUGCCUGAGCGAGUUCGUCAAGAAGGUCCCCGCCGCCCGCUCCUACUACGAGCUCGGCGCCAGCGACAUGGAGUUCAAGUUCCCCGAGCCCGGUUUCCUCGAGGGUGUCAAGACCAAGGCCAAGGCCAUCGUCCGUUGCAGCAACGUCACCUUCCAGUACCCCAACACCCCCCGUCCCCAGAUCAUGGACAUCAGCUUCCAGGUCUCCCUGGGCUCCCGUAUUGCCGUCAUCGGUCCCAACGGUGCCGGCAAGUCCACCCUGAUCAACGUCCUGACGGGUGAGCUGGUCCCCACCGCCGGUGAGGUCUACCAGCACGAGAACAUCCGUAUCGCGUACAUCAAGCAGCACGCGUUCGCCCAUAUCGAUAACCACCUCGACAGCACUCCCUCCGAGUACAUCCAGUGGCGUUUCCAGACCGGUGAGGACCGUGAGACCAUGGACCGCGCCAACAAGAUCGUCACCGAGGAGGACGAGAAGGCGAUGGACAAGAUCUACUACAUCAACGACACCCCCCGCCGCGUCAUCGGCAUCCACGGCCGUCGCAAGUUCAAGAACACCUACGAGUACGAGUGUUCGUUCCUGCUGGGUGACAACCUCGGCAUGAAGAGCGAGAAGUGGACCCCCAUGAUGACCGCCGACAACGCCUGGAUCCCCCGUCCCGACAUCAUCCAGUCCCACGGCAAGAUGGUCGCCGACGUCGAUCAGAAGGAGGCCCUGGCCAGCGGUCAGUUCCGUCCCCUGGUCAAGAAGGAGAUCGAGCAGCACUGCGAGCAGUUCGGCCUGGACGCCGAGCUGGUUUCUCACUCGCGUAUGCGCGGUCUGUCCGGUGGUCAGCGUGUCAAGGUCGUCCUGGCCGCCUGCUCGUGGCAGCGUCCCCACGUCAUCGUCCUGGACGAGCCUACCAACUACCUGGACCGUGACUCUCUGGGUGCCCUCUCCAAGGCCCUCAAGUCCUUCGAGGGUGGUGUUGUCAUCAUCACGCACUCGCGUGAGUUCACCGAGAACCUCACCGAGGAAGUGUGGGCUGUCAUGGACGGCCAGAUGACUCCUUCCGGCCACAACUGGGUGACCGGUCAGGGCUCCGGUCCCCGUCUCACCGAGAAGCAGGGCGACGAGGAGAUUGUCGAUGCUAUGGGCAACAAGACUGUCGUCGAGAAGAAGAAGAAGCUCACGAGCUCCGAGCUCCGCAAGAAGAAGAAGGACCGCAUGGCCCGCCGCAAGCGCGGAGAGGAGGUCUUCAGCGACGAGGAAUAA